AUGGAAGAAGAUCGGAUGGGCGAGCAGCGGCGCGCGCUGCUCGCAGCACUCCCGGCGCCGGCCGCAAGCGUCGCACAGCAGCUCGAGCAGGAACAGGACGCGUGGUGGGUCGCGGCGGCCGCGGUUGCCGCGGUGCGCGCGGCGGGCGACGCAUGGACCGCCGACGAGGCCGCGCACGUCCUCGCGACAGGCACCGCGCGUACCGCCGCGUUCGACGGCGAGGUGCAGACUGCGCUGGAAAAUGGAUCGCUCAAGGAAUGGCUCCAGGGGCAAGACCGCUGGCCGCGUCUCUUGCUGCGCCGCCGCUUGUGGCACAUGCAGUGGCUGCUCCGCAUUCCCCUGGCACGCGGCAGCACGGCACACGUCGCUGGCGACCUCGCGGCACUCGCAGAGCUGCCACUGCUCGAGCACGCACACAAUGUAUGCCUCGCGGGCAAUGCGGUGGCACUCCGCGCGCUGCUCGGCGCGCACGUCGGCAUCGCACGCGCGCUCUUUCCGUACCGCUUCCUGCUGCUGCACGCGCUCCUCACUGCAGGCGGCGUCGGGGCGGACGAGCUGCUGGAGCUGCGCCUGCUCCCGGGCACAAAACUCCCUGUAGAAGACUGCGAGAGCGGCGCGUGGAUCGAGCUUGCGACCAAGGCCAUGUCACCCGCGGCGGCGGCUGCGCUCUGGGUCGAGCACCCACACGUCCUCGAGCUGCUUGCCGAGCGGGGCUACGCACCGCCCCCGGCCGCACCGCCUGCACCGCCGGCGGGCCUCUCGGAAUGGUACUUGGACGUGGUGCACGAGCUCGAGGCGCGUCUCGGCCUCGUGGCCCAGGCGCGUGCGCUCGCCGAGGCCGGCGUGCGCCUGAGCCUCGUUCCGCUGCGGGCCGUUGCGCACGAGCUGCGCUUCCUUGAAAUGCUCCUUGCGACGCUCGGCGCGGGUGCGCGGCGCUGGAACGCCGCGGCGCUGCACGCCGCCGACGCCAGCACGCUCCUCCAGUGCGUCGUCCAGCAGCCGCUGCCGGUGCCGGACGUGGUGCGCAUGCUCGAGGAGCACGUUGCGCCGUUCCUGCGCAAAGGCACGUACGCCUCCCCCGGCGCGUUUCACAUGGCGUCCCAGAGCGACGCCGGCGUGCUCAUUGUCCUUGCGGUGCUCGACCUUGCCGCACGCGCCAUCUCGAUCGACCGCGCCCUGCAGAUUGCGGCGCAGAUCAUCGCGUCCUCGUGGAUCGAGGCGGCGGCGCAGAAAGAGCGACUCGCCCUCGCGAUCCUUGCGACGUGCGACGCAAGUGACGACGCGGCGUAUGUCGCGAUGCACACGGUGAGCCGCGUCCCGUCGCCGACCGAGCGCGUGCCGCUCGUCGAGGUGCUGGGCGCGUCGCGCGACACGUCGCCCCGCACGCUGUACGAGCGGCUGCGUGUCGCCUCUCCGGGCGAGGUGCAUGCGGCGCUGGGCGCGGCGGCGCAGUGCGUCGACCUCGGCCAGGUGCUGCUGCGCGACGCGCUGACGCACGCCCCCCGUUUCUACCUCGCGCUCGACGAGAAGCGCACCAAGGCGCUCUGCGCGUCGCUCGUGCGUACCGCACGGGGCAGCGACGCGGCGCUUGUGCGCCUCGUCGACGACAUUGCGCCGUACGUCGCCGGGCCGAGCGAGCGUGCGCCGCUCCCGAGCGAGACGCCGCGGUGGGUCCUUACACAGCUCCUAGCCCACCGCGAGUUUGCGCAGUUCCACGCGCUGGCCGCGCAUAUCGUGCGCCAUCCCCGCCUCGGCGUGUGCCUCGGCGAAGAGGAUGCGACAGCGCUUGUCCUCGACGCUGCGCGGACGUGGAUCGAGCAGGCAACGACGUGCGACCCGCUGCACGCCCCGCUGCAGCGCGCGUCCGAGUGCCUGACCGUCGCGCCGCACACGCCCGAGGCCGACGAGGAGCGUGCCUUUCUCGCGAUGCUGUCGCAGCUCGCGCGCUACCCCAUUCCGUCGCUGGCCAAUGCGACGCAGCCGCUUACGCCCCGUGAGCUGCGUGCGAUCGACGACAAGCUGCUGGUCCUCGGCCGGAUCCUGGCACUGCACUCGAGCGCGUACCGUGCGCCGCAGAUCCGCACGCUCGCGCGGGCGCUGACGCCCGGCGUGCCCCCCAAGGUCGCUGAGGUGCGCAUCGACGCGAUGCUAGCAGACGCUGCGGCCGCCAACGGCGACUUUGCCGCUGCGCGCGACUUGUGCGACCGCACGGCCAAGGCCGCCAAGACGCUGCCGCGCGACACGGCGCACGACGCGGCGCACGAUGCGGCGUGGCGCGCGUGCUUCCAGCUGGCCAAGCACCCCGAGUGGCACGACGAGCGCGCGCGUGCGCUCGUCUUCGGCCAGGCCAUGGCGCUUGCGCCGCCUGCGCAGCUCCCCCGCCUCCUCGACGCAUGGCGCGCACGCGGCGCGCACUCGGGCGUGCCGCCCGCGCCGAGCCAGCGGCCGCAGCGGACACUGGCGCGGUUCCUCGGCGCGCCGACGCGCCCCGAGGCGCCGGAUCCCUCGGCGCGUGCCACGCGCUCGCUCUUUGACCACCUCGGCCAGGACGCGCCGAGCACGCUGCUGCCGUCCACCACGUCGCUGCGCGACGUGGUCAACACCUCCUUCACGCGCGGCAUGGGCUGGUGGAUGGGCGAGAGCGAGCAUGAAGCGCGGUAA